CCCUGCAUAUUUUGUAUAGUUUAUGACUGUAGAGAAUCAGGUAUUUGGUUCGUUUUUCUUUCCCCUUGGACACACAAAUAGUUUCGACCAGGAUGGCCGGCUUGUUGCUUCUCAUGGAGCUCAUAGUCAUUGCAGCUUGCUCUCAAAGUCUAUCUGCGUCAGACAGUUGCCGUGAGGAGGUGUCUCGUCUGCAGGAACAAGAGAAGCUUCUGAAGGACCAACUUCAGAAACAGGAAACCCUCCUACACAGACUGCAGCUGCCGAACCAGCCUGGCAAAGAGGACAAAGCCAGACCGGACCCAAGCCUGGACACCGAGUACACAGACUGCUCCCAGCUCUUUAAUUCUGGCUGCAAAUCCAGUGGUUUCUACUCCAUCAAACCUAAUGGCAGCCCUUUCCCUGUCAGAGUAUACUGUGAUAUGAAUGAUGGAGGAGGUUGGACUGUCAUUCAGCGACGGAUCAAUGGAAGAGAGAGUUUUAACAGAUCGUGGGCAGAGUAUAAGGUUGGUUUUGGAGACAAGGAUGCAGAGUUUUGGCUCGGAAAUGACAACCUGCAUUACAUAACUGCACAAGGAAAUUAUUCUCUGAGGAUUAACCUGGGAGACUUUGAUGGUAACCAGCGCUAUGCUGAGUACAAGAACUUCCAUGUGGCCAAUGAAAAGGAUCACUACCGACUUGCCUUUGGGUCCUUUGUAGGUACAGCUGGAGAUGCUUUGUCUGGAAGUUAUCAGGUAGGUGUGUCAGAGUGGGCCAGUCACCAGGGCAUCAAAUUCAGCACCUACGACCAGGACAAUGAUAACUACAAAGGAAACUGCGCACAAGAAGACCAAGGAGGCUGGUGGUUCAACAAGUGUCACUCUGCCCAUCUUAAUGGCAUUUACUACCCAAAAGGGCAUUACAGUGCAUUGACAGACAACGGUGUAAUUUGGUACACUUGGAGAGGAUGGUGGUACUCCCUGAAGACAAUUGCCAUGAAACUGCGACCCGGGGACUUCAAAAUGGAUCCCAUUGAAGACCCCAAUGCUGUACAACGCAUACCAACUUCCUAGAUCAGACAAGUGGAGAUGUAAAAUCUUCCAGGCUUGAUUAUUUUUGGAGCCAAGCAAACCUCUCAAAUCUUUUCAAACUUGUUCGCACUGACACCUUUAACACAUAUGCUUCCUAGUUUGUCUGGAUGGAGUAGUAGCUGUAACUAAAAGAGCAAAUGUAGCCAAGAUGAAAACAGAUUUAAUUACACAAUUACUGAAAUGGUUUAAAUGAAACUGUGUGCUAACAAUAUUAUACAAUCAACAAGACAAUAGUAGCUCAUAUACUUAUAAGAUUACAUGUGAAACCAUGUGCCUGUUUAGAGACAUGAAUGUUGUAAGGGGAAAUAACUUGCACACACAACUGUCUGUUCUGUGGGAUAAAAGGGAAAUUGACGUCAGUGUGUGUACCAGACACAAGCAGAAUGAUUGGGCUGAAGGCAAGUGAAAGCAGCCAUUAUCAUGUCAUUGAAAAAGGCUGUAACAAGAAAUUAAGAGUUCUUUUUAUACUGCAAUAUAUGAUACCGGUAGCAUCUGGGCUCAGUACUGGGAAUUGUCCCAAACACAUGACACAUGAAUUGUUCACACAAAGAGUUCAAUAAAAGAAUGCUAUUAUAUCAAUGAAAGCAAAGAACAGUGGUAAAUGUAGUUAUUUCUCAUGAUGUUACAAGUAAAACUGUCUUUUAUAAUUUCAGUAAACUUUGUGCUUGAUAUCACAACGUUUAUUGUGAACAUACAUCCAGCCAUAUCUCUACCAUUUGCAUUUCUUACCAUAUUUCACAUAAUAAAACCAAGAAACACAACA